AUGGGUACGGCUGCCUGGCCUUGCCCAGCCAUGCUCAGCCUUGUCCGACCAUAUUUUCACUCUCCUCACAUUCCUUUCUCUCUCCUCAAAAACCCUCACUCCAUGGCCAAGAAUGUCAACAAGGGUGCAUGGACAGCUGAGGAAGAUCAAAUUCUCUCUCAAUGCAUCAAAACCCAUGGUGCAAAGAAAUGGCAAUCAAUCCCAGCCAAAGCUGGGCUUAAGCGGUGCGGCAAGAGCUGCCGCCUGAGAUGGCUUAAUUAUCUUAGACCUUGUAUUAAGAGAGGUAAUAUCUCAGAAGAGGAAGAAGAUCUCAUAAUUCGACUCCAUAAGCUGCUCGGUAACAGGUGGUCACUGAUUGCCGGCCGGUUACCUGGACGAACCGAUAACGAGAUAAAGAAUUAUUGGAAUACUUAUUUGAGCAAAAAGCUUAAAUUCGAGAAACCAGCAGAGGAUCCCAAACAAAGGCCAAGGCCCAAGAAGCAAAGGCUCGAAACACCGACGAUGAGAGACAGCGAACCAUUUAACAUGGAGGUAAGCUCCAGUAACUCGGGUCAUAGAUCGAAUGGGCCUUCCGAUGCCGAGCACAAGAUUAGUGCUGUGCAAGCUGAGAAUUUCAAACUAGGGGAAGACAGUAGUCAUGCGGGUUUGGUUAAGGAUUUGGAGGUGGUGAAUUUUGGUGAUUCAUAUGAGGUGAGCAGAGAAGAGUUCAGUUUGGACUGGUUAAGCAACUUUUUAGAGGCUGAUGAAGAGGAAUUAGGGUUUUUAUCAAGUAAUAAUUAUCUGGAGGAGGAGUACAGGGACCUAAUUGGGAUUUCCCCUUUGUACUCAUGGACUUCUUCUUCCUUUGCAUGCACAAAUCAUAAUUGUAAUUAAUCACAAUAAGUAGUCCCUUUGUGAAAA